GUGGUGGUGGGGGGCGGCUGGACUGUGGAGGCUUCGUCUACCCGCCAGGCACUAUUAGUAUGUUGCCCUCAGGAGGCAACUCAAGCUUCGGAUGAGGUUGAGGUUAAGCUGCGAGGCUGAACCGGAGACCAAACGAGGGGAGAGUGAAGUGCGAUGCCGCCGAGUCGCCCGGUUUUGUCCUUCGCUUGGCCGCGCUCGGCGCUCUGGAGACCCGCGGGCUGCUUUCUCCUCCUGCUCCUCCUCGAAGGGGCCCUGUGCCUCGCCAAGCCCGGCGGAGCGCCGGCCUUCAACGGUAGCAACCGCCCGAGCGUGAACGUUUACAUGAGCGAAGAGGAGGUGAAGAAGCUGCUCGGUCUGGACGCUGAGCUGUACUAUGUGAGAGAUGAUGUGGUGAACAAUUAUGCUCUCUCUUUCAUUCUGCCAGUACCCAGCGAGACCAACAGCCUGCACUUUACCUGGCACUCCAAAAGCAAGGUGGAGUACAGGUUGGGCUUCCAGGUGGAGAACCCUGCAGCCAUGGACCAGCCGCAGAGCAACAUCUCAGCCCAGGGAGAGAUCCCUCGCACCCGCUCAGUUUUCAGAGUGGAUCUCUUCUGCUCUGGGAAAGUGGAUGGAGAGGCCAUUCUGACAGUGCAGCUGAAUCUGACUAUCCAUGCCAACAACUUCACAGUGCUCAACUUCAAACGCAGGAAAAUGUGCUAUAGAAGAAUCGAGCAGCCAGACCCUCCCAAAAUCCCUCCAUUCCCCAACAGGACCAAGCCAGAUUUAGACAGUGUGAACGCCCCUACAACAUCUACAAGAGUGUUCUACAUCAGUGUAGGGGUGUGUUGUGCCGUCAUCUUCCUUGUGGCCAUCAUCCUCGCUGUGUUGCACCUGCACAGCAUGAAGAGAGUAGAGGUGGAUGACAGUGUGAGUGACAGUGGGAGCUCUCAGGGUCUGUCCCAGCCCUCUACCCAGACCACGCAGUACCUGAGGGCGGAUACCCCCAACAACGCCACGCCCGUCACUAACGUUCAUGCUGGCUCUGCUCCCAUGCUGCCGCUCUCAGCCGCCUCCUUCCCCCACCCUGGCGUCCCCUCCCAAGAAAGCAAAAGCUACCCCUCACUGCGGAUAGAGAAGAAUGACUUAAGAAGUGUAACCCUGCUAGAGGCUAAGGCAAAGGUCAAAGACAUCGCCAUCUCUAGGGAGAGAGUCACGCUCAGAGACGUCUUGCAUGAAGGAACAUUUGGACGCAUAUUCCAUGGUGUCCUGCUUGACGAGAAGGACCCAAGUAAAGAGAAGCAAGUGUUUGUGAAAACUGUCAAAGAUCAUGCCUCCGAGGUGCAGGUGACGAUGAUGCUGACGGAGAGCUGUAAGCUGCGAGGCCUUCAUCACAGGAACCUGUUGCCCAUAUGUCACGUUUGCACAGAGGAUGGGGAGAAGCCCAUGGUCCUUUUGCCCUACAUGAACUGGGGCAACCUCAAACUCUUCCUACGGCAGUGCAAGCUGGCUGAGGCCAACAACCCUCAGGCUAUCUCACAGCAGGAUCUUGUUCACAUGGCCAUCCAGAUUGCAUGUGGAAUGAGCUACCUGGCCCGGAGAGAGGUCAUCCACAAAGACCUGGCUGCCAGGAACUGUGUCAUCGAUGACAGCAUGCAGGUGAAGAUCACAGAUAACGCACUGGCUCGAGAUCUUUUCCCCAUGGACUAUCACUGCCUGGGGGAUAAUGAGAACAGGCCAGUGCGCUGGAUGGCCCUGGAGAGCCUGCUCAACAACGACUUCUCCAGUGCCAGUGAUGUGUGGGCGUUUGGGGUAACUCUCUGGGAGCUGAUGACACUGGGACAGACCCCUUAUGUCGAUAUUGACCCCUUUGAGAUGGCAGCCUAUCUGAAGGAUGGCUACAGAAUAGCACAGCCCAUCAACUGUCCGGAUGAACUGUUUGCUGUCAUGGCGUGUUGCUGGGCCUUGGAUCCAGAGGAGAGGCCGAAAUUCCAGCAACUUGUCCAGUGUCUCACAGAGUUCCAUGCAGCUUUGGGAGCCUAUGUUUAAACGCCAGCUUCAGACUUCGCUCUAGAUCUGGCAAUCGCUGAUCAGCACUAUCCCUGCAAUGGAAUGAGAGAGUGCCUUACUAAAUGAUAAAAUACUAAAUAAAUCAAAUUAAUUUUGUUGGAAAAUAAGGACUGUUGUCACUGCAACUUUAAGACUUCUCACCUUCCUGCUUUUUGACAUUUGGAGAAUGGGAGAAUUACUUGCUUUGGUCACUAUUUUCUCCUGUCGCCUCUGCAUGGAAUAGCAGACAUCCUCGCAUUCCCACUGUUGAAGAGCAUCACGUAUGUCCUCACCACAACACACACAUUUCUGAAGAAUGCUGGCAUUUCUGUUCUCUUUUUAGAGAACUUUUUUCAGUUGAAGACUGAACUGCUGAAUAUUCUCCUAAAGCUUACACUGCAGUUGAUUUGUCUGAUUUUUUUUCAGACACUUCUUGCUUAGGAAAAUGGUUUGUACGUUGUUUUAAACCCUUCAGUGAGAGGAGUCAUCUCCACUGUAUUAAUUAUGAAACAGAAUCGAAUGAAGUUUGGAUGAAGCAGCCUUUGUGAGUUAUUUUGGGUGAAACCUCUGAUCAUCUAUAUCGGCCCUCUCUUUGGUACUCAUAAAAGACGUUUGCGAAAAUCAUUUUCUUUCAGCCAGUCCGCUAACCUGGGCUCCAUUGUAGCUCACUCCUUUGGUCAUCAUAGGCCAUCAGUUUACUUCUUCAAACAAUGACUUUUCUUCGAGGGAGUGGAUACGCAGAACUUCUACUGCUUUUUUUACCAGUGUUAAACUGGCUUGUGGUACAUCUACAGCAAAGAGAUAUCUAUUUUAUUCAAUGGAUUGAUCUCUUCAAGGAUUUGAAUUGUGAUAAGCAAAUAAAUUAAAAAUUCCAGUAAUAGGAAAAUUCCUUACAGGGUUGUUACUUAUUCCUAAAUGUUUUGAUGUUUGUUCUGUGUCAGAACAAAGUCCUCCUUGUAUUUUUGAGAAUAUUUGUAUAAAUGCAUCAAGAAACACCAGUCACUGUGAAUAAUUGAAGUGUACGGCCUACGUAGACACAGUUUUUUAAGCCGUUAUUUUUUUUCCUAGCAUUUAUAGGCUUUUCUCCAUGUGUUCUCAUGAUCACUGCAUGUUGAUUUGAAAAGGUAUUGUGUAAACUGUUUCUUGAAUUCAUAACAUACCAAUUAAAAGAGAACCCGAAAAUAACAUGGGUCCUCAGUGUUAAA